GCGGAUGUCCAAGCUCUAAUAGUAUCACAUGUUCCAUGGCCACCUCUCUCUAAUAGUACAAAAGAGCAUCAUUUCCACCACAAACUAGUUGUGGAGAGAGAGAGAGAGAGAGACGUUGAUGGAGACCGACAAAGGCACGGUGUGUGUAACAGGUGGAACUGGGUACUUGGCUUUAUGGAUGAUCACGAGGCUCCUUGAGCAGGGCUACUCCGUCCGGGCCACCGUCCGUCCCGACCCGGAUGGCAAGAGGGACAUUAGCUUCCUCACAAACCUUGCGAAAGCGCCACAAAGCCUCCAAAUCUUCCACGCCGAUCUCGGCGACCCGGAGAGCUUCGUCCCCGCCAUCCAGGGCUGCGUCGGCGUCUUCCACAUGGCCGCCGCCAUUGACUUCCAUGGACGAGAGCCGGAGGACGUCGUCGCGGAGAGGGCCGUGCGCGGGGCGAUCGGCAUCCUCAAGGCGUGCUCGAGCUCGGGGACGGUGAGGCGGGUGGUGUACACGUCGAGCUCCGCCGCCGUGCACGGGAACACCACCGGGGCGGAGACCAUGGACGAGGGCUUCUGGACCGAUGUCGAGAUGAUCAGGGGGUUGAAGACGCCCGAAGGGCCGUACAUGGUCUCCAAGACGCUGGCCGAGAAGGCGGUUCUCGAUUUCGGGGCGAGGAUGGGCUUGGACGUGGUGGUGGUGGUUCCGUCCUUCAUGAUUGGGCCAUUCCUUUGCCCCAAGCUUCCGGCUUCGAUUGGCAUAGCACUGGCUAUGGUCCUGGGAGACACAAACCCAUAUAAGAAUGUGUGCUUAUCCAAGACAUCGAUGGUGCAUCCGGAUGACGUGGUGAGGGCGCACAUCUACCUCUUCGAACACCCUCAAGCCAAAGGCAGGUUCAUUUGUUCUUCCGACGUGAUCACCGUCGAAGAGACGGCGGAGCUUCUCUCUCUAAAGUUGCCGGAGCUUCCAUUGCCUUCGUCAAGUGCUCUUAAGGAAAUUAAAGGUUAUCCGAUGCCAUGCCUUUCGUCGAAGAAGCUCUUGGACAUCGGUUUCGAGUUCAAGCAUGGCCUCGAGGACAUGUUCGAUGGAGCAAUUCGGAGCUGCAAAGAAAAUGGUUACCUUUGAAGGGUGCCCAACUUGCUCGAAUCAUAGCUUUUCUAAGCCAAAAGUACUUGUGUAAAAUUUGAGAGAAAGCGUCGGGUAUUGCGAGUUCUCUUAACUAGAGUAUGAUAGUACUUUUGACAAAUGCGAGAAAUCUUGUUAAAUAACGGUGCUUUUGAUCUUUUCAA